GAUCCCUCAUAGAUUCCAACUUUUGCCCUUUGAACUUCUCAUUGCCUACUUUUUUCACAACUGAUGCCUUUUGAAAUUCGUUUUUCUCGGGUUGAAAUUUGCCAGUUGAUGCCUUGAGCGCGAAGAAAAGGGCCGUGUAAGGUGUAAAGAGAAGCGACGAAACCCUUGAACAAGAUGAAGGCCUAUGAUUUGCUGGGUAAGUACUAAGAAAUCAGAAUAGCCUACAAGAUGAAUUGUUGUCUCCAGAUUUUGGACCUUGUACUUUAUCAGGAUUCAGAAUUCAGGCAUUUGUUCAGCUUGAAAAACCAUGAACAACUUGGAGAUGGUGGUUUGGUCUUUCAUUACGAAUCAAGAGUACUAAACAAACAAAUUGGUACUAUGUUGAAUGGUUAAAUUCAACUAGAUAUCGGCUUUAUUAAUUGACAGCCGGAGUUAGCUCAUCAUGGUCUUCUCUGAAGCUGAAGGGAAUUUGAUUAUAUGU